AACGCCAUUGUACCGGAAGCGGAAGUAGACGUUCAAAACAAACCUGCUGGCUAACAGUCCACGCAAAAAAAAUCACCAGAGAUUGUUGUAUCGUUCUUGUACCUUGUAAACCAUGGUGUCGUAGUGAAGGCUGGAGAUUCUUAUUAUUUAUCAUGAAUCUUAGAGGACUGUUCCAGGAUUUUAAUCCCAGCAAAUUCCUCAUAUAUGCCUCCCUUUUGCUGUUCUCCAUCUUGCUGGCUCUGAAGCUGGAUGGAGUUAUCCAGUGGAGUUACUGGGCAGUGUUCACACCCAUCUGGCUCUGGAAGCUCAUGGUUGUCAUCGGAGCCUCCAUUGGGACCGGAGUUUGGGCCAGUAACCCACGCUACAGAGCGGAGGGUGAGACACAUGUAGAAUUCAAAGCCAUGUUGAUCGCAGUGGCCAUUCACAUUCUGCUGCUGAUGUUUGAAGUACUGGUCUGUGACAGAAUCGAGAGGGGCUCCUACUUCUGGCUGCUCGUCUUCAUGCCCCUCUUCUUCGCUUCUCCUCUGUCAGUGGCUGCUUGUGUGUGGGGCUUCCGUCAUGACCGUUCACUGGAGUUGGAGAUAAUGUGCUCGGUCAACAUUCUCCAGUUUAUUUUCAUUGCCUUACGACUGGACAAAAUCAUCACCUGGGACUGGCUGGUGGUGUGUGUGCCACUGUGGAUCCUCAUGUCUUUCCUGUGUCUGGUCGUGCUUUACUAUAUCAUUUGGUCCAUGCUCUUCCUGCGCUCUGUGGACAUCAUCGCAGAGCAGCGUCGCACUUACGUCACCAUGGCUGUGAGCUGGAUAAGCAUUGUGGUUCCGCUCCUAAUCUUUGAGAUCUUGCUGGUUCAUAAACUGGAUGGAGAUAAGAAAUUGAGUUAUGUCUCUCUCUUUGUGCCUUUAUGGGUCUCUUUGGUCACUCUCAUGGCCAGCACUUUUGGGCAAAAAGGUGGAAAUCACUCCUUCAACUGUCCACUGUUGGGUGGUUUGGCAUCCGCAAAGACUUCUGCCAUUUCCUUCUGGAGCUCUUCCCUCUCCUGCGAGAGUACGGCAACAUCUCCUACAACCUGCAGCAUGAUGACUCUGAAACCUUGGAGGAGACACGUGCUGUCCCUGAACCUUUGAAAGUUGCCCCUAUAUUCUUCCACAAAGGAGUAGAAAUCAUGCCAUUCCCUGGGAAAUACUUUGACCCUCCUCCUAAACUCUCUAUAGACAUACCUGACUGAAGGUAACUGCAGUCUUUACAAGAACUGUACACAUGUUCCAGGAGAAAGCCAGGAACCAAUAUGUACUUUGUUACUUGUCUGUUUUUUUUUUAACUAUUAUAAUUCAGGUAUUCUUGAUAUGUCAAGCAAUGAUCAAGAAAAUGAUCAAGAGCUUGUAUCAGUAUUCGAGCUGUCAAUCUGAAGAUGACGAUUCAGCUGCAUAGUGGAAAUUCAGAAUAGCUUAUAGUGAUAUUUAUAAUAUUCCAUAAAACACUUUUCUUUUGUCCAAAAUAAACUUCUCAGGCAAUUUUAAAUUAUUAAACUGCUAAAUCCAGAUUCCCAUACUACUCUCAGCACAGGUAUGCUGAUUGAGAGACUAAAUCUAGUAUUGUUUUUAUUGUUUGUAUUUCCUAAGUGACAUUUCUGUAUUCUGUACAUUUGUUGUUUAAGAUUUUAUACACUGAAUUACAAUGGACUUAGUAUGAGGUCUGGGCUUUACACCUACUACUGUUUCUUAACUUGUAAGAAUUUGUUUAUAUAUGUAAAUAUAUUCAACUCAUUGUUUUCCAUUUUUCUGUAAGCAGCUGUAAUGUUAAAAUGAGGCUAACCUGAGAAAAAUGUACAGUAUUUCAUGAAGCUGUAAAUUAUUUGUGCAACACCUAUGGCAGCACUUGAUAUCUAUGACUGACACUGAUACUUCCUUCAUUGAGCAUAUAUACAGCACUGACUGGUGACUUUAAAAAAAUAUAUCCCACAAACUCUAGGAAGUACAAGACAGAUGGUCUGAGUCUCCUCCUAACCCUGCUACUGUCUUUUCACUGGACCAUCGUGAAAUAGACAUCUUUUAAUGAUCGUUCAGUAUUCAGGUUUUUAUCAUUAAACGACCAAGUUAAAAGAGA